AUGCCCAUUUCCUUCUACAGCGCGUCUGAUUCCGCUCUUCAACUUGCUGAGAACGCUAGAGUGGCGUCCGUGCACCAUGUCCAGGACUCAGAUGACUCUAAGACUCAGAUCGUGUCGCUUCUAGCGGACCCGGAGAUCGCCAAGGCCCUAGUCUUCGUACACGUCGAAGUGGCCGAGAAUGGAUCCUUACCCGAGGACCACUGGGUCACCUCGGUAGUGUCGGAGCUGGCAGCGCAACAUCAAGAGGAUGGCAGCAGCAAAGUAUUCGUCUCUAUUGUGAAGACUGCCAGUCAGAGAGUGACGGAGCCGUCGGAUUCCCAUCCGCUUCGGCCCCAGCAGAGCUACAAGAAAUUUGACCACAAGUAUCCAGAGCAGGACUCGGAUGAAGCCCCUCAGCGCCUCAUGUUUGCUAGUUUGUACCAGGACCAGACUCGUCGUGACGCUGUGCAGACGUUCGAUGAAGCAGAAGUGGACAAGCUCGGUGGAUACGGAGCAAUGGACGCUCGCGUCUUCAUGAAAGAGAUGGCUUUCCGUCUUGGAUAUGCACCUAAAUACGGCGCUUAG